AUGAAUGGUGAACACCGACAAGUCAAGCCCCGCGCGUUGACAUUACAAGACAACAUGAAUGGGAUCUCCAAGGGCAGUCAGGACCCUGCUGGAAACAGAUUGGGCAACGGUCUUAAUGGAAAUACGAAGUCUUCUGGGACAGAUGCAACGUCAUCGCCUCCACCGGACAAUGAUAGCAUGGGAACCUCAGCCUGGCCCGAUAUUCCCGCCGACGAGGAAAUCAUAACCCGAGAUCUCGGCUUGAAUGACCAUGUCGAAGCGAAUAGCACAGCCUCAUCGGGCUGGCACUCCACGAAUGGGACACAUAAAAAAGAACUUCAGCCAGCGGAAUCGCCAGACCAGGGUCUGGGUAUCCUUGUCGAGCAUACCCAUGACGAUACAACGAAUACUGGUCGGUCAUCGGUCGUGGAUGUCUUGGAAGGCCAGAAGAUCACGGCGGCCCUGGCAGAGCUCACCGGAGACGGCUCGUCGCAAUCGGCCGAGGGAAAGGAAAAAGUGAUAAAACUAUCUCCAGCGAAGAUCCAAGAACUCACGUCGUCACCGGACUCGAUUCCCUACCGUGUUGCAACACCAGACACAAAGCCCGGCAGAAGAGGGGUUUCGGAUUACGACAAUAUCAAUGCGGUGAUUUCUCGAUCCGAGGUACCGGAUAUCGAACAAGCACCUAUCAGUGCACGGACAGCCGUCACGGAUAGCGUGCUGGAGGCUCGGCCAGGUAAAGAUGUCCCCUUCGAAGAAGCAUCUGUACCGGCAAGCCCAUUGUCCGCUCGGCAAACCAUUCCUCCAUCUGCUCGAAAUCGACCCCAUCCAUCACGCACAUUUUCAACACCUGCUUCUUUGCGACGGACACUACCUGUUUCACCUAAUAAUGAACGGUUGGCACAAACUUGGGCUUCACGGCCGAAACAAGACAGGCCCACAACAAAACAUAUGGAUCGCGAGUCCAAGGGCCAUCUUGGCCCGUCGCCCCAGAUCAAUGAGACACCUUUGUCUUCUCCACUGCCGCCAUACCCAUUGCCUCCCGUUUCAAUACCCACGUACCUCCAGCUCGAGCUCGCGUCGGGUCGCCCAUCUCCACUGUAUAUUCAUCGCUCUGCAACAAGCGACUUUCCCUACGAAUCGGCACAUGUGAAGCUUGAGAGGCUGAUGAAUUUUCUUCGACUGCCUUUCGAACUGGAGCAGGUGCUUUGGUUUGGCGCCCUCGCGUGUCUCGAUUCAUGGCUCCAUACAUUCACCAUUCUCCCUCUUCGGUUCGUCAAAGCUGUGUAUAUAUUGGCCGAGUCUUGGGUGAUGAACCUGGACGCCGAAAUUCGCUUUAUCUGGAACUUCGUUCUCAAUGGAGUUGGACGAGUCUGGCAAAGAAAGAUCCAAUCGUCUACGGACGAUGCAGGUGAAAGACGUGGAAGCGAGCCCGAUGCAGCCCCUCGACUCGCAUCUAGCUCCUCGGUAGCGCCAGAGUCUACUUCGGUUGACCGAGAAUCCAAACAUCGACACGGAGACUCUUCACGGAGGAGACACCGCACUUCCGAGGUUCGCAAGCAUCAUCACCAUCAUCGAAGGCGUAAAUCGAUGCCCUCGGCGUUGCUGCCCGAUGACAAGGCCGAUAUUUUGACUGGCCUUCUCAUGAUUGCCACUUGUUGUGUUUUGAUGUAUCUCGAUGCGAGUCGGAUGUAUCACUGGAUUCGAGGACAGGCGGCCAUCAAGUUGUACGUGAUUUACAACGUCUUGGAAGUGAGCGACCGGCUGUUGGCUGCUAUUGGACAAGAUGUGCUUGAGAGUCUUUUCUCACGGGAAGCACUCGAACGUCGACCGGAUGGACGCAGCAAGAUUUUUCGUCCAUUUGGGCUAUUUUUGCUUUCCCUGGUUUAUACUGUGACACAUGCCACAUCACUCUUUUACCAGGCCAUGACACUCAACGUGGCAGUGAACGCGUACUCCAACGCCCUCAUCACUCUACUCAUGUCAAAUCAGUUCGUGGAGAUCAAAUCUACAGUCUUCCGCAAGUUUGAGAAAGAGAAUCUCUUUCAACUCACCUGCGCCGACGUUGUUGAACGAUUCCAACUCUGGCUGAUGCUCACUAUUAUUGCCUCUCGCAAUAUCGUGGAAACAGGGGCAUUCAACUUCGUUGGUGAUCUAGGGCUCGGGUCCAGCAUUUCCAGCCAGUCCUCGUCCACUGCCACCAACAGCACACCUCUGUCAACACCGCCCCGGACCGCGUCGUCUAUCAUACCUCAAUCGUUCACCUUCUUUCCGUCGUCAAUAUUGACCUCUCUGAGCAAUGCCAAUUCUUUCCUCCCGACGCUGGCACAAGUCUUGGGCCCCGUUAUGGUUGUUCUUGGGUCCGAGAUGCUUGUGGAUUGGCUGAAGCAUGCGUACAUCAACAAGUUUAACAAUACUCGUCCCGCCAUCUAUGGCCGUUUCCUUGACUUGCUCGCCAAAGAUUACUACACCAAUGCCUUUGGUGAUCAUAAUCUCACCCGUCGUCUUGGUCUACCUGUCAUCCCGCUGUCCUGCCUGUUUGUCAGGGUUUCCGUGCAAACGUACCAGAUGUUCCUCGCGUCCCUGCUACCCCAGCAUCCUUCAUCCACCGUAAUGGAUUCCGCCUCCCUUUCAUCCAUCCACGACCAUUACUCCCCAGUGCCCAUCCCGUCCGGACCGCCUUUGAGUCUGCGGACCCUCCUGCCUGCCUCCGCCGCGCACUUCAAUACCUUCGUCCGCACCGUCCUAGCCAACCUCAUCCCUACCCCCGCGCAAUCAGUUCAGAUUUUCACCGUCAUCCUGGUCCUCACAGGAUUUGUGGUCCUACUCAUUCUCAAGCUCCUCUUGGGUAUGGUCCUUCUUGCCUUCGCCCGCUCCCGCUAUCGCAAGAUGAACCUAUCUGAAAACGAGGCCCCGCCAUCCCAUUCCUCGUCUCAUCCUCAGACGGCCACUGGAUCUUCGGCCCCACGCCACCGCGAGUUUGCUGUGGAAGGCAGUCGUCGUGUCGGAGGCUGGGGCAUGGUGGAAGUAGGCGAUGAAAGGCGUCGAUGGAUUUAUGCGGAUGACCCUGACGGGCUCCAGCGCCUCAAGGAGAAAGAGGAACGAGACAAGAAUAAGGACGGGGAUAUGAACAUCGACCAUGUGCAGCGGUAUGAGAUGGUUGCUAAGAAGAUCUGGUAG